AUGUACAGCUCUCUCAUCAACUGGAUUCAGCGCCAGGUUUGGCGCGAGAAUCCUGAUCCUGACCCCCCCGCAAUACCUCCCUUACCAUUCUUGCCGACACCGCUUUCAUCCAGCGAGAAUGCUACCACAAAAGAUGUGGCCACGAUAGUCCCAACCCCAAACAAUGGCAUCUUCUUUGAACGCCUCCCCCCGGACCUGCGCCGCAUAAUCCUGAUCGAGGCCUUUGGCGACCGCGUCGUCCACAUGGACCUUCGGUACGACCGGCCCCUGCUGGCCGGGAAUCCGCGAAGCACCCUGCACGCGGGCGGCAUCAAUAUCUCUAAUCCAUACAAUCGCCAGACUGAGAAGCCUCUUGCCUGGCAGUGGUAUAGCUGCAUCUGCCAUCGAGACCCAGAGUGGUGUGUGAGGGGUCAUCUCAGUGCCAGGGCGGAGGAUCUGACGUCUACCCCGGUGAAGGAUUCCUGUCUUCGAGGACGGUUUCAGUCGUGUCAUGGCCUGCUCGGCGACAGUGGCGACAUGUCGAUGUGCUUUUUGGGGGUCAUGGGCUGGCUCAUGACAUGUCGACAGGCGUAUAUUGAAGGAUUCGACAUUCUCUACUCCACUAACCGGUUCCACAUCUCUGGAAUGCCUCUAAUCCAGCACCUCCCACGGCUCUUACCUACAAAGGCCCUAUCAGAUAUCGAAUCAGUCGAGAUGGAGUGGAAUCUGGGCAUGGUGGCCCGGCCCCCGCUUACGGACCAGGAUAUUUCAGCCGACGAACGCUUUCACGGCUGGCGCAUGUUCUUGUCAUUGUUGAAUCAAUUGCCUAAAUCUCUGCCGCGACUCAGGUAUCUUCACAUAACGCUGCGUGGCACCUGGUUCCCGCCACAGAUGGCGCCCAACGAUCGCAUCAGGCUUUCUGAGCCGGCCAUGCUGCAGCCCAUGGAUGAGAUGAUGCGGGAUCUCUACCGGAAGUCAGAAUGGAGUACUCCGCGGUAUAUCGUGGCCAUACCAGCGAGUGUGUUCCGAGCACGGAUGUCAGUUGAUGAUUCCACACUGGAAGAUGGACAAGAAGAUAUCAUAGAGCCGCUGCGUGAGCGCAGGCUAGUGUGGCGUUCGCUAGAGUCAGAGAUGGUUGGCCAACUCAGGUCGAACAGCGGAAUGGGAUACUGGCUCGAGGAAGGCAUAGAAGACGUAAAUAAUCUCGUUCAUGAACAAAGUUCUAUAUGGAGGGUGCGCACUAUUUCAGUGCAACCUCUGUUGGCUGGGGAUUGGUAG